AUGAAGGACAUGCAACUCAAAAUUAAUUUUCUACUUGGCCUAGUUAUCACUGCACUAGUACAAGCUGUAGAAAAAAAAGCAGACUGCCCAGAGUCAUGUAUAUGUGAGAUCAGACCAUGGUUCACCCCCAGGUCUGUGUAUAUGGAGGCUCCAACAGUGGACUGUAAUGAUUUAGGCCUUUUUAAUUUUCCAGCUAGACUGCCUGCUGACACACAGGUUCUACUUCUACAGACUAAUAAUAUUGCAAAAAUUGAACAUUCAGUAGACUUCCCAGUGAAUUUAACUGGUCUAGAUUUAUCUCAGAACAAUUUAUCCUCAGUGACCAGUAUUAAUCUUAGAAAGAUACCACAGUUGCUUUCAGUGUACCUUGAAGAAAACAAACUUAUUGAACUCCCUGAAGAAUGUCUCUCUGGACUCCACAGUUUACAAGAGCUUUAUGUUAAUCAUAACCUGCUUUCUGUGAUUGCACCGGGAGCUUUCAUAGGCCUCAAUAAUCUUCUCAGACUUCACCUCAAUUCAAAUGGUCUGCAAAUGAUCAACAGGAAGUGGUUUGAAGCUACUCCUAAUCUUGAAAUUCUCAUGAUUGGAGAAAACCCAAUAAUCAGAAUCGAAGAUAUGAACUUUAAGCCGCUUAUCAAUCUGCGCAGCCUAGUUUUAGCAGGCAUAAAUCUCACAGAAAUACCAGAUAAUGCUUUGGUUGGCCUUGACAAUUUAGAAAGCAUCUCCCUUUAUGACAACAGAUUUGUUAGAGUGCCCCACAUUGCUCUUCAAAAGGCUACAAAUCUUAAAUUUCUGGAUCUAAAUAAGAAUCCCAUUAACAGAAUACGAAGAGGAGAUUUUAGCAAUAUGCUGCACCUGAAAGAGUUAGGAAUUAAUAACAUGCCUGAACUGAUUUCUAUAGAUAGUCUUGCUGUUGAUAAUCUGCCAGAUUUAAGAAAAAUAGAAGCUACCAAUAACCCCAGAUUGUCAUACAUUCAUCCAAAUGCAUUCUACAGACUUCCCAAGCUGGAAUCACUCAUGCUCAACAGCAACGCGCUGAGUGCCCUGUACCGCAGUACAAUAGAAUCCUUGCCUAACCUCAAAGAAGUUAGUAUACACAGCAAUCCCAUUAGAUGUGAUUGUGUCAUCCGCUGGAUUAACAUGAAUAAAACCAACAUUCGCUUCAUGGAGCCGGAGUCCCUGUUUUGUGUAGACCCGCCUGAAUUCCAAGGCCAGAAUGUGAGACAGAUACACUUCCGGGAAAUGAUGGAAAUCUGUCUCCCCCUGAUUGCUCCUGAAAGUUUUCCAUCUACUCUGGAUUUAAAAACUGGCAGCCAUAUUUCCUUACACUGCAGAGCAACAGCAGAACCAGAACCUGAAAUCUACUGGAUAACACCAUCAGGACACAAACUUUUGCCUAAUACUAUUUCUAAUAAAUACUACAUUCAUUCUGAAGGAACAUUAGACAUAAGUGAUGUAACACAAAAAGAAAGUGGCUUAUACACAUGCAUAGCAACAAAUUUAGUUGGGGCAGACCUGAAGUCAGUCAUGAUUAAAGUAGACGGCUCUUUCCCUCAGGACAGCAAUGGAUCUUUGAAUAUUAAAAUAAAAGAUAUAAAAUCUAAUUCUGUUUUGGUUUCAUGGAAAGCAAGUUCUAAAAUUCUGAAGUCCAGUGUUAGAUGGACAGCCUUUCUGAAAGCUGAAAACUCUCAGGCUGCACAGAGCGCUCGAAUACCAUCUGAUAUAAAGGUAUACAAUCUUACACAUCUAAAUCCAUCAACUGAAUACAAAAUUUGUAUAGAUAUUCCUACUAUCUAUUCACAAGACAAGAAACAAUGUGUCAACGUAACCACAAAAGGACUGGACUUGGCAGUGAAAGGCUAUGAAAAGAACAACAUAAUGGGAUUCCUUGCCUGUUUUGGUGCUCUUCUGGGAAUCACCUCUGUGAUAUAUCUCUACAACUGCAUCUCACGAGGGAUGAACUAUGAUGUUGGACACAGCUAUCUAAAGAAUUACCUGAAGAAACAAUCCUUUUCACUCAAUGAGUUUUAUCCUCCUCUAAUCAGUCUUUGGGACAUGGGCAAAGAAAAAAGCACACAAAUGGAAGUAAAAGCAACUGUAAUAGGUGUACCAACCAAUAUGUCAUAA